UUGUUUACUGCAUCAGCUGUGAGGUUGUAAACAAACAACAGUGAUCACACUUGACACCUUCCAGAAGUGCACUGCUGCGUCUCCUCAGAAGAAGAGGAAGAGGAAGAAGAGGAGGAGGAAGAGAAGACACAUAAUGACGGAUGUGGAGCUCAAGAACAGAGGGAAUAAGUUGUUCUCCGUCAGGAAAUUUGAAGAAGCCAUCAAGUGCUACACAGAUGCCAUCUCUAAAAAGCCAUCAGUUGCUGUAUACUACACAAAUAGGGCGUUAUGCAACUUAAAACUGAAGCGAUGGGAGCUAGUAUGCCAGGAUUGCCGCACAGCACUCGAGAUAGAUCCCACAGUGGUGAAAGCGCACUUCUUUCUUGGCCAAGCCCUUCUAGAAACAGAUAAUUUUGAUGAAAGCAUUAAACAUUUACAGCGAGCACAAGAUCUUGCUAAGGAACAGAAAGUUAAUUACGGUGACGACAUUGCCUGUAUGAUUAGAGUCGCUCGGAAAAGGCGCUUUAAUAUAGCCGAAGAAAAAAGAAUUUCGCAAGAGAUUGAACUGCAGACAUACAUGAACCGAUUAAUUUUGGAGGAUCGUGAUCGUCAAAUUGAUGAAGUACGACAGAAGUAUGAAAAUGACGACGAGAGCUCUCAAGAGGAAGUGAUGAGGAUAGAGGAGCAAACUGAUAACUACAUUACCGAGAUCAAUACCAUGUUUGCUCGUCUCGACGAGAGAAGAAGAAAACGAGAAGUACCUGACUAUUUAUGUGGCAAAAUCAGCUUUGAGAUACUGCGAGAGCCUGUCGUUACCCCCAGCGGAAUCACAUAUGAUCGAAGGGACAUUGAGGAACACUUACAGCGUGUUGGCCACUUCGACCCCAUUACAAGGACUGACCUCACAGUAGACCAGCUAAUUCCAAACUUGGCCAUGAAGGAGGUGGUGGACUCAUUUCUUACAGAGAAUGAGUGGGCUCUCGACUACUAGCCUUAACCAGAUUUGUAGGCUUAGAAAAUAUUUUUACUCAAUCUGCUACCGGCCAUACUUUAUUUUUAGUGGUAAAGAUCAGAUACGGUAUAACCUAUGUAGGAUGUUCUAAACUCGCACUAGAGUAGAAAGCUCGUAAAAUACACCAGCUUGAAUUAGAGCUAACUGUAAGGGUUAACUUUGGUAGGAGAUUAAGCUUCCAUUCGUCAGUGCAAGGCUAAGCUAGCAUUUUAACUCACUCCAGGCACAUAAAUUAUAGAUUGGUAGACAAAAAUUCAUCUAAGAUCUCAUUAACAUGUUAGGAGUAUUGGAAAUUCUAGUGCUAGUGCUAUAUUAAGUUCUACUUGUAUAUCGGUGCAAAUUAAUGUAAAUUACAGUACUUUGGCUGAAACAGUUUUUCAGUCUAUCAUGGACAUACAGAUUAAAUUAAUGAAACCCAAGUAUCACCCACUCAGUGGCCAAGACUUGGGGAGAAUUUUUGUGACCCACCCACUAAAAGCAGGGUUUGAAUUCAGGUAAUUUCAACACACUAAUAGCCAGUAAGGUGUUUCUUGGGUUUAUAUCUUGGUCUCUUAUGUAGAUAAGGAGGAGAUUUGCAAAUUGCUGUUUUUGUAUUUGCACAUAAAAUAACUUGGUCCUCUUUUUGUAUUCCUCUGCAUUCUAUCAAGGAUAGUUUAAGUACAAUACUUAAUGCAUAUACAUCUAUAGUUAUUUUUUAUUAAUUCAUUAGUGGGAUGGCCUUAAAUCAGCUAGUUUAAUACAUGAAUUUAGUACAGUAUAUUACUGAGAUCACAUCCUAUUGAAUAUAUUUUUAAGUUUCUAAGACUUUCUCAUGCUACAUAUGGUAUUUGAUCUUUUCCUGAGUGUGCAGUUUGUGGCAAUUCUUUGUAGUAUUAUUAUUUUUUUAACAAACCGGCCGUAUCCCACCGAGGCAGGAUGACCUAAAAAGAAAAACGAGUUUAUUUAAAUUUAGUAAUAUAUACAGGAGAAGGGGUUUUAUAGUAUUAUUAUAAUCAUAUUAUCAUCAUCAUAACUACGUGCUGAACCUGUAAGGUUAAUUAGCUAUGAACUAAACCUUUAUUUUGUUUAUUUAUUGUGUUACUCUGGUUUUAUUGGUAAGGCAUUGUAAAUACAUUAUCUUUAAUAAAGGAAAAGUUCGUUGUUGUAUUAUGUUGAAGCUCAUAUGUAAUUCUCAGAUGGCUGUGGAAGCUUGACCAGGUUUAUCCAUGCUUUCAGAAGGCUUUCAGAAGGCUGUAAUGAUGAUGGUAGAAUCACCGACACUGUAUUAGGCAAGAGGACACGUGCAGUUAAUGAGAUGUUGUAUUACAGCUAUAUUUCGUUCUCCAGGAGCUUUGUCAAGUCGACAUAAAGGGUAUAUAUAGGUAAUAUGGUGAGGCGACAGAGGAAUGCAAGCACUGCAGGCCUACUAGCUUAAACCAGUGGUGAUAGUAAUAGUUGUUACAUGUACUACUACUACUAUCACUACUAGCAUGAGCUAGUAGGCUUCCUGCAGUACUUAUAUUCCUCUUUCACCUCACCUUGUUUCAUAUAUCUAGCCUCUGUACUUGUACUGUUUAUAUUGGCUUGACAAAGUUCCUAGAGAGUAAAAUGGAGCUACAAUGCAAUAUCUCACUAGCUGCGCAUGUUCUUUUCCCCCUAAUAUAUAUCAAAAUAUUGCCUGCAAGGAUCAAUAAUGAGUGAUAUAUCCCUACACAUGGGAUAUAAGCUUUUAUUUAACAUAAGUUUUAUAUGCCACUAUAUUCUGUGUAAAUAAUAGUAAAGCUUUUGUACAUAAACUUCUCCACUUUUCACUUAUUAAUUUGCAGUUGAUUAUAUAACCAGAAAAUUAUGAUUUUUUUCUAGCCAAGCAACUUAUCAGGGACUUUUUUUGUCCAGAUGUCAAAAUUACACAGUGUACGAUGCAUUUAAAUUAGAUAAUGUUAUUGCUAAA